CACCCACCCACCGCCACCACCAACACCGCCUCUUCUUUAUUGAUCAAAGUUGUUCAGAAGGCCAACAAUCUUUAUGGAUCCAUUUUCUACCACCAUUCUGACCCUUCUCGUGCUCUCCAUUAGUAGAGGUGUUUCAGGAGCUAAAUUUACCUUCACAAACAAGUGUGACUACACAGUGUGGCCUGGAAUUCUAGGAACCCCAAGCUUAGACAGCACAGGCUUUGAGCUAACCAAGGGUAGUACCCGAUCCUUCCAAGCUCCAACCGGAUGGUCUGGCCGGUUCUGGGGCCGAACCGGGUGUAACUUCGACGGCUCCGGUCAGGGAUCAUGCUCCACCGCCGACUGUGGCUCAGGCCAAAUCGAGUGCAAUGGCGCCGGAGCCACCCCUCCGGCGACCCUGGCAGAGUUCACCCUCGGGUCGGGUUCUCAGGACUUCUACGACGUCAGCCUCGUCGACGGGUACAAUUUGCCCAUGGUCGUUGAAGUGAGUGGCGGGUCGGGUAAGUGUGCAUCCACGGGUUGUAUUGAAGACUUGAACCGAAAAUGCCCAUCGGAGCUGAAGGUUGAGGGUGGCGGGGCUUGUAGAAGCGCGUGCGAAGCUUUUCGGACGCCGGAGUACUGUUGUAAAGGCGACUUCAAUUCACCGGCGGCUUGUGCGCCGUCGGUGUACUCGCAAAUAUUCAAGUCGGCGUGUCCGAAAUCGUAUAGCUACGCGUACGAUGAUACCACGAGUACCUUUACGUGUACGAAUGCUGAUUACACCGUUAUAUUUUGUCCGUCACCCUCGAGUUCAAAAGCUUCAUCAAAAUCAACGGGUACAGCUGAUGGGUCAGGGUCGGUGGAGGAGGCUAUUUUGGCUAAUGGGUCAUGGAUGGCAAAUUUGGCCACAGGGGACUCAACUAGAAGACAUCCUUUGGAUGGUGUUCAAUUUUUUGCAGCCAUUGUUGCUGCUGUAUCUCUCACACUAUCAUUUAUGCAAUUGUAAUCUCCAUUGUUUCCCUAUCUUCCAUUGACAGUGCAUGAUCCAAUAUCAGAGAGAGAGAUGAGACGUAGAAUCAAAGAUCUGACAGAACAUGAGAUACUGGGUGGGCGUCAUUCGGGUUAGGGAAGUUGACAAAAACCAUACUGUAAGCCACCCACUUGCCAGUUCUCCAUAUAUUGGUGAUUAAUUACAUAAUAAAUGUGAAUAUAC